UCAGCCUCCAGCAUGCUGGGAUUACAGGUGUGCACCACCACUGCCUAGUUUAGGGUUCUGUUUUGUUUUGGAUAAACAGUAACCCCGAGGCCAGAAUAAUGCUGGCCUACACCGCUGGCCUCCCAGUUGAACCUGAGGGCCAUGUUUGGCCCCUUCAGGCGGGGUCACCACCCCUCCUGCAAUCUAGGCUGGCCAGGCUGUGGGGAGUCACCGCCCAGUGACCCAGAAAAGCCAAGCCCGGUGGGAUGUCCACGCUCUUGGGAGCCGCCUCUGCUCUGGGGCCUUGCAGACUCUGGGAGCCCGGCAAGGGACACAGGAGGUCUAGGGGUGGCGCCCACCCGUGACCACCCCGUCCUCCUCUCACCCCGACUCACCCUCUGCUCCCACCCCCAGGGCAGAAGCUCACCCUGCACCCCAACUCCUGACUGCCCAGAUACCUGUUGCACCCCGAAUCUCGGCUGCACCCGAUACCUGCUGCACGCACAUCCUGGGCUGCACCCUGUCUCCGGCCCGCACCCCAUACUCUGCCGCCCGCGGUCCCCCGCCUCCCCGGCCCCUCCUUGCCCCUCCCCGUCCCCCCACCCGGGCCUGCGCGCUCGCGACGCCAUGGGCAGUGGCAGCAGCCGGAGCUUCGGGGCGCAGAGGCGGCGGGGACCCCACAGCCCCGCGGCCCGUGGCCCCAGGCCCGCAGACUGAGGACGCCCCAGAGCACAGCGGAGUCUCUGAAGCCCCAGGCGAGAGCCCCAAGCCCACAAGGCAAUCGUCCAUCUCCUAUGAUCGCGCAGAGGAGGAGCUGAUGGCCAGCAUUGAGAGGGAGUACGGCUGCUGAGGCUGCGUGUGGCGGCCGCCCUGGUUGUCCUGUUCCCAGCCAGGAUCAGUGGAGUGCAGCCACCUCCCGGGACCUGCUCCAAGCAACCUGUGCGGAUUCACACGCAUGCAGUAGCUGAUGGCCCUGGGGACAGGCACGUGGCCCUCCACACCAUCAGGAGCUGGGGACCCUCUUCUUCUGUCACCACUGUCCAGGGGGUACAGACUCCUGAGGGCCAGGACUGCGGUCAUGUGUCGCUGCGCCCUCUAGAGUGGCUUCUGCUGAAGCGAGCGCCCUCUGGAGGGGGCCUUUCCCGGCAGCACCCAGGACACAACCCUCGCCCAGAUGUCCCCUCCUCACUGCCUUCGGUGGUCACCAGCAGUCAUGCGCGCUGUGAACUUCCAUGACCAGGACGAGAGUGGCUUUGAUCAAAGCUCCAGGGCUCCUGAGCCCAAAGCACCCCUUUUGACAGAAGAAAGCCACUGCUAUUUUAAUAAUACAAACACUGACUUUAAAGGAAGUUGAAAAAUAAAUAAAGUUGUUGAAUUUUUAUUUCUUGAACCAGGUGUGGUGACACACACCUCUGAUCCCAGAGCUGAGAAGGCUGAGGCAGGAGGAUCACCAAGAGUUCAAGGCCAGGCUGGACUAGAUUGUAAGACCCUGGCCCAAAGCAAGAGAAUAAAUAAAUGAGUAAAGGAGAUCCUGUGGGAGCAGCACCGCA